GCCGCCGCCGCCGCGGCCUGUGGAAGCGCCGGGCUCCGCUCCUGCCGCCGCGGCCCCGCCAUGUACCCGGCCUGGGGCUUGUACGGGGCGGCGGGGCACUACCCGCCGCCGCCCACCUCCAUCCCGCCCCCGCCGCUGCCCAUCCCUCCUCCCAGCGUGCCGCCUCCCACCGUCCCGCCGAUGCCGCUGCCCAGCUACCCGCCGCCGGGCCCCGCGCCUGCCGCCGCCGCCCCGCCGCCGCCGCCCGCCGGUACCUCGGGGUUCCUGAGCCUGCAGGAGCAGCACCUGGCGCAGCUGCAGCAGCUCCAGCAGAUGCACCAGAAGCAGCUGCAGUCCGUGCUGCUGGGGCCGCCGCCGCCGCCGGGGCCGCCCCCUCCGGGACUGCCGCCGCCGCCGCUGCCCGGCUCCUUCAACGACUGGCAGCAGCCGCCGCCACCCGUGCCGCCGCCGGUCCGCAGCUACCAGAAGCAGUUCGCCCACCGCGACCCGCCGCCGCCGACUCGCAAGCCGCCCGCCGCCGGCCGGGAGCGCGAUGGCCAGGAAGCGCCGGGCGGGCACGGCGACUGGGGCGAGCCGGUGCCCUCCUCGCCGGUGCCCAUGGACAUGGAGCUGUCCUCGCCGCCGCAGUCCCCGCAGCCCGCCGCCCAGGCCUACCUGCCCCCCGCCCAGACCUACUUGCCGCCGCCCCAGGCGGAGCCGUAUCUGCCCCCCGCCCAGCCACCCCCGGCCCAGUCCCCCCCGCUCCAGCCCUACCUGUCCCGGGCGCAGGCCUCCCAGCCGCCCCCCUCCUUCUCCGAGCCGCCUCCUUCCUACCUGGAGCCCCCGCCGGCCUCCGCCUCCCAGCCUUACCUGCCGCCUCCUGCCCAGGGCUACAUGGCGCACCCCCAGCCCUACCUGCUCCCCUCCCAGGCCUCCCCAUCUCAGACAGCACAGCCCGGCCCGGUCCCCUCCAUCCCUCCCCCGGCUAAGCCAUCGCCGGCCCAUUUCCCCCCACCCCAGACGUCCCUGCCUCUGCCUGCUCCCAACCAGCCGGAGGCAGCGCCGGCCGCCGCCAAGGAGACCGGUGGCAACGAGCAGCCGGACCCCUCCACCAUGACUCCCCAGGAACAGCAGCAAUACUGGUACCAGCAGCACUUGCUUAGCCUGCAGCAAAGGGCAAAGGCCCACGCUCAGGGACAGCAGCAAAUGAAAGGUCCAGUAGGGAAGGAUGCAUCUGAGCAGAGAGCAAAGUCUGAAGAAGGGAAAAUGAGUGCUUCAACUCAGCAGUCUGAACCUCCUCCACUUAAUGAAUCCCUUCCUCCAGCUUCCAAAGAAGAUGAGUCUUCUCUUACGUCCACUGAAACUCAGCUCAAUAUUGAACCUCCCGAUGACCCUGAGGAAGAUUUGAGAUUGCAGCAAUUGCAAGCGGCAGCAGCUCAAUGGCAGCAGCAACCUCAUCAGCGGGUUGGAUUUCAAUAUCAAAGAAUAAUGCAGAAGCAUGCCCAGCUGCAGCAGAUGGUACAGCAGUAUCAACAGAUCAUGCAACAGCCUCCACACUUACAGACAAUGUCAGUGGACAUGCAGCUGCGACAUUAUGAGGCACAGCAAAAACAGUUCCAGCAGCUUCAUAAAGAUUGGGAGCGAUCAAUGAACCAACAGUGGCAGCAUCAGCUUCAAACCUACCCUCACAAAGACCAGCUUCAAGAGUAUGAGAAACAGUGGAAAGCAUGGGAUGAACAGAUGAAGGUCACUCAGUCCCAUCUGCAGGAGAAAGUGAGUUCCCUCCAAAAUCUGAAGAAUCAGUAUCCUGCAAAUGUUUCGCUGCCACCUCCAUUUGUUCCAUAUUCUCAAACCAGUCAAGGUGGCAUUCCUAUUAUGCCUCCAACUUUACCUUCAACUACGCCUCCACUGGUCCCCCCACCUCUCUCUUCUGUUUCUCAGUUGUCUAAUUCCUCUGUCCCUUCUGGAUCCAGUUCUCAAAGCGGUCAAUCCACUGAGACACCAAGGCCAGCUCUGCUUCCCACCCCGGGUACCUAUGCAUCAAAAAUGGCUAGUUCAACUGUCUAUUCACCUUAUCAUUCUCAAGUAAGUUCAUCCUUUGGCUCUUCAGACCACGGAAAGUCUCAAGCUCAUCUUAGUAAACAAACUGUUUCUAUUUCAUCUGAGCAAGGAUGUGGGGAACCAAAAGCCACUUCUUCAGUGUCUUCAACGCAUGCACCUACCAUGCAGGAUAAACCUGUGAGGUCAGGUGGAUUGCUUCCAGAUCCUCCCAGAUCAGCACGUUUUGAAAGCCCCAGAGGCCCUAGAUUUGAUGGACCUCGAGGAAGAGGAUAUGACAAAUUUGAAGGCUCAAGACAGAGAGGGCCUCGUUUUGACUCCCAGCGUUCAGAAGGAUACAGGUCACGUUUUGACCGGCAGAAUACAGAUGGACAGUCUUCAAGUAGGUGGGGGAAUAUCCCACGAGGGCCAGCAGCACAAUUUUAUACUUCAACAAAUUCAUCACAUGGACAUGGUUCCCGACCUGGUGGUUCACGGUGGAUGGGGCCCAGGCCUCAUUUGGGACAGCAGCAGCAGCAGUCACAGACAGACUCACAGUCAGAAAACAAAGAACCUUUUACAGAUGUAGCUGGCAAUCAGCAGACUGUAAGCAGAACACAGACUACUCCUGAUGCACAGAGUGCAGGUCCCAUUGAGCCAAAUGAGGACCUGACAAAUACUCAACAGGAGCCAUCCAAACCUGAAGUCAAAGAAACUGUUUCAGACCCUCCUAAAAAGUGGACGUGGAGUUCACAUGAUCCUAACCAGCAAGCAGAAGAGUCCAAAGCACCUACUCCACCUAUUCAGAACCAGAAAUCACCAUCCCUUUCUAGUAACCCUGUAGCUUUGCAAUCAGGUAUUGCAAGAACAGGUGGUGCAGUAACCCCUGUAACAGGAAAUCAAGAUUUGGAUUCACCAGAUAGCCAGCUGAUUGCUUCAGAUAGCACCCAGGGCCCACCUGGGCCAGAAAACAGGGGGAAAGGACCAUUUAUGCAUGAAGAUAGAGGCAAGGGACCAGUAAACAGAGGAAGGGGCCAGGGCAGACUGGAUGAUGGCCGUGGCAGAGGGCAGGGAGAUGGCCGUGGCUGGGGAAUGGGCCGUGGCCGAGGUGGACGAGGAAUGGGAAGGAUGGAUGGUGGCCGAGGGAUGGGAAGGAUGGACGGUGGUUGGGGAAUGGGCAGGAUGGACGAUGGUCAUGGCCGGGGAAUGGGCAGGAUGGAUGAUGGCCGUGGCAGAGGAUAUGUAUACAGAGGCAGAGGGCAAGCUAGGCAGGCAUCCAUCCGUGGCAGGGGGAUGUUCAGGAGAGCAGGCAGCAGGGAGAGGAUGCCAGAUAGGCGGUCAGGCAGCAGGGAGAGGAUGCCAGAUGGACGGUCUGGCAGCCGAGAGAGGGGCCUGGGUGGAGGGUCAGAUAGCCAUGAGAGGGUAUUCUCUAGCCGAGACAGAGAGCUAGCUGGGCGGCCAGGCAGCCGGGACAGGGGACGGGCAGGUAGCCGGGAGAGAGGCCUGGUUAGACGGGCAGGUAGCCGGGAGAGGGAGCCCAUGCGGCGGGCAAUUAGCCGGGAGAGGGAGCCCAUGCGGCGGGCGGGUAGCCGGGAGAGGGUCCCUGUCAGGCGGGCGGGCAGCCGGGAGAGGGUCCCCAUGAGGCGGGCAGGUAGCCAUGAGAGGGGCCCAGUCAGGCAGGCAGGUAGCCACGAGAGGGGUCCCAUCCGGAGGGCAGGUAGUCGUGAGAGGGAAGCAGGAAGAUCUGAAACAGGCAAUAUGGGUAAACCCAUUCACCUAGGAGAUGACCCCGACAAAUUGCCUCCGUACCAUCGAGAUGAGACACUCAGGGGUUCUUGGGGUCAUGAAGAUGAUAGAAUGCAGGAGGAAUUUCCUUUAGAUAGUCAAGAUGACCCUUCUUUGGAGCAUGAGCAAUUGGAUGACUGGGAAAGAGAACGAUACUGGAGAGAUCACAACUCUGAUUACCAGGAUGAUUCUGUAGAUGCAUAUGACAGAGAUGACAGGUUGCAAUCCCACCACUCCUUGCCUCCACUGUCUCCCCUACCACCACUACCUCCUUUAUCAUCCGAUCGUGACAGACGAGAUUCAUGGUGGGAUGACUGGAAAAGGCCAAGAGAGAGGGAACUAGAGAGAGAUCUAGAAAGGACUGGAAGAUCCUCGGAUAUUUAUGAACAAGAUUUAGACAGAGAAUGGGAUAGAGACUGGGACAUGAGACCUGUGGAUGACAGAGAAAUGGGGAAUCGUGACAUGGAUAUCCCCCCUCUACCACCAUUACCACCUCUUCCACCCCUGGACAGAUACCGUGAAGAUAGAUGGAGGGAGGAUAGGAACAGAGAUCAUUAUGACAGAGACCUCCGAGAUAGGGGAGAGCUGAGGAUUCGAGAAUAUCCAGAGAGAUAUGACACAUGGCGGGAGAAGCAAGACUACGUUCCUGAAAGGGCUGAUUGGGAGAGGGAACGGUUGUCAGAUAGGUGGUAUCCAGAUGAUGGAGGCAGACUGCGGUCUUUGGAUGAUCAUUCAGAUUCAUCCCUUCCUCCACCUUCACAUUCCUCUGAUAUGCUGGGAGCAGAUUCAAACCUGGACUCUGACCAGUCCUUGGGAGGAGUGAUGGUCCUUAGCCAAAGACAGCACGAGAUAAUUCUGAAGGCUGCCCAAGAGCUCAAAAUGCUUCGAGAGCAAAAAGAACAGCUACAGAAGUUGAAAGAGUUUAAGCCUGACAUUUCCACACAGGACUCUCCGAGAUCACAGAAUAUAAGCACAAGGCCAGGUACCUUUCAGGUCUCCUCUCAGCUAUCUUCAGAGGCACCAAUAGAAGCCCAAGCUAUUAAACCUUCUCCUGCUGUAAUUAUAAAGCCUCCCGUGUUGUUCAGACAGCCCACCCCUGUGACAAGACCAAGUGCCCCACUGGCAAGGCCUGCUACACCUAUGACAAGGCCACAUGCUCCAGUUUCUACUCCAACUACAACCCCAAGUCAUGGUCAGUCUUUAAAACCAUCACCUUCUACUAUGGAACAGGAACGCUGGGAUGAGGAUUCUUUCCAUGGACUGUGGGACACAAAUGAGGAUAAAGGAGCAAAUAUGGAGUACGAGUUGUGUAAACAGGAGUCAAUGAUGCCUCCACCUGUCUCGUCGCCUGUGAAAGUACCCACUGUUCACACCUCUGUUGCGUCAGCUGUACCAGUGUCCCUUCCUCCAGUUAUUCCACCGGUUCCUAAAGCACCCGUAAUUCAGCAAACUGUGGAUUAUGGCCACGGGCGAGAUAUAACCACCAGUAAAGUGGAACAGAUUCCAUAUGGGGAGAGGGUAACCCUGCGUCCAGAACCUCUACCGGAGAGGCAAACAUUUCAAAAAGAGCACCCAGGUCGUUACAACAGAGAAAGAGAUCGUGAACCUUAUUUUGAGCGUCAAGGUAAUUCCAACACAGAUCAUCGGGAUUUCAAGAGAGAGCGGGAAUUGCACAGAGACCGUGGUUCUGUGGAUUAUGAACGAGAGAGAUUUGAAAAAGACCGGCAUCCCCGAGAUGAUAGGGUUCUUCCUACUACACCUUCAAGGACUCAGUCUUACCGUGACAAGAAAGACCAUCCCUCCUCCAGGCGGGGUGGUUUUGAAAGACCACCAUAUGAACGAAAGACAGAUCGUCCAGCAUAUGAUCAUGGGCCUUCCAUGUUUGGAGAAAACUCUUCUGUCCAAACACUGGAAUUUGAAGGUGAUCGUAGAAACUAUCCUGAGGAAAGGAUUCCUAUUUCUGCUCCAUCAAUACCCCGUCAGCCACCACCUGCUCCACGAGUGGAAAGAAAGCCAGAAUCUAAAAAUGUAGAUGAUAUUUUGAAGCCACCAGGACGGGAUAGCAGGCCAGAGAGGAUUGUAAUCAUAAUGAGAGGGUUGCCUGGCAGUGGAAAGACACAUGUCGCAAAACUCAUCAGGGAUAAAGAAGUAGAGUGUGGAGGACCUGCACCAAGAGUGCUCAGCCUGGAUGACUAUUUUAUCACUGAAGUGGAAAAAGAAGAGAGAGACCCAGAUACAGGGAAAAAAGUGAAAAAGAAGGUGAUGGAGUAUGAAUAUGAAGCUGAUAUGGAAGAGACCUAUCGUACCAGCAUGUUUAAAACUUUCAAAAAGACCUUGGAUGAUGGCUUCUUCCCCUUCAUAAUCCUUGAUGCUAUCAAUGAUAGAGUGCGACACUUUGAACAGUUCUGGAGUGCUGCAAAAACCAAGGGUUUUGAGGUGUACUUAGCUGAAAUGAGUGCAGAUAACCAGACAUGUUCCAAGAGGAAUAUUCAUGGACGCAAGCUAAAGGAUAUCAGCAGGAUGUCUGAUCACUGGGAGGCAGCACCACGUCACAUGAUGCGUCUUGACAUUCGUUCUCUAUUGCAGGAUGCCGCUAUUGAAGAGGUAGAGAUGGAGGAUUUUGAUGCAAAUAUUGAAGACCAGAAAGAAGAAGACAAGAAGGACACAGCAGAGGAGGAAGAAAGUGAACUGAGCUCUCCUCGACUGUCACAAUAUAUGACAACAGUUAUGAAGAAGAAUGCUUUCUCUGCCAAGGUUCUCUGUCAGUAGGUGUUUCCAAGAUGAGGGAUUAGGUUUCUUGGAUAAAUGAAGGUUAGAGAAUUGCCCUGAGGGCUGGUGUUUUUAGGUAUGUAUCUAAAAGACUAUGGAAGGCUUCCAAAGGAUUCUUGGUAUGUGCUGGAGCUGCAACUGGUCAAUGCGUGAGGAGUUGAAUGUGUCAAACCCUGGUUCCCACAACCAAGUAUUUCAGCUGCUUUCUAAACUGCCAUUCCUGAGGAAUAGUAAAUUUCCAUCAAGAAAAAGGACUUUGCUCAUCUCAGACAUUUUUGGUUACUUCCUGUUUAUUGGAGUCUUGUACCAAAGGAUGAAGUCUGAAUCUUUUCUUAUCCUAUCUGAUGACCAGGAUAUUGUACAGAUUCAGCACACAAUAGGCCAUUUCACACCAUCAAAGUCACUCUUGUUGCUAUUAUCAACUCCCAUAGUGUUGCUUUUAGCAUUCAGACAAUUCUUGCUUUUCUGUGCUUGAUGGUAUGAAUUAUUGAUGCAUUUAACUUAGCGUUCUCACCAGUGUAUCACACAUCACUUUCUUCAAUACAGGCUUCUAGCUGUGGUGUAAACUUCCUGAGCAAAUUUUAAUGGGCAACUCGGUUUAAAAGUAUAGCUAUACAUAUAUACAUGAAGGUUUUUUAUUUGUUACAAGGAAAUAUUGCAGCACAAACCGUCUUAGUUGGUAUUACAGACUUGAUUAAAAACAAUAAAAUACAGAGAUCUGAUAAUCUCAAGUCACUGAUACAUGCUUGAUAGAAAAAAGGUCUUUCGAGGAUUUUGGAAGAGCAAUGCUGAACACAAUCAAAAGCAGUGUAGCUCUCUGGAACAGUACACUCUGAUUUAGUAACCCUUAAGAUUAACAAGUACACGUAUGUUUACCACAGUGGAGGCAAAUAAAUAGAGCAGGAAAGAAGUUAGUGUAAUAAAACUGGUUUGUGGAUUGUUUGUUUCCGUGUUGAAAUUUUCUAGAGUAGUUCUUUUCCCUCUAUUAAAAAUCAUUCUUAAAAUAAUGAAAUUCUCACAAGGGUUCCAUUUCAUUAUGUUGAGCUUUUUAUGUGAUUGUAGAGAAACAUAAGUACUUUUAUACCAAAUUUGAACAGCUGAAACGAGUUACAUGGGGUUGCUCAAUAAGGAUUUACUUGUCCGUGAGUAUGAAAUUAGAAAAUAACAAGAACAUGCCUAAAAUAAAUAGCUUUUUGCCAAAUUUAAUAUCAUUAUGCUAAUCAACAAGGAAUAAACUGCCUAAAGAUCAUGA